GACCGGUUUGCAGCUAAUGUACACCAUAGAGAGCUACAGGAAUCUGAGAAACUAAUGUACCUCCUGAGCUGCCUAAAGGGUUCAGCACUUGAAACGGUUUCGGGAAUAGCGGCUACCAACGCAAACUACUCCGUUGCAGUGGAAACUUUGAAGCGAAGAUAUGGGUCAACUGACACUCUGAUUGACGCACAUUAUACGGCGCUCAACAACCUCCAAAAGGCAGACUAUACUAGUGCAAGCUGUCGGAGUGUCCUAGACAGUGUUGAGAGGAAUAUCAGGGUGUUAGAGAAGCUCGGGGAACCAGUUGGUGGCAACCAUUUAAGGGCAUUAGUACUGUCAAUAUUCCCUGAACAGGUUAUACGUGAGCACCACCUCAUUGGUGAAGGUACUGACUUGAUGGCCAUCAGAAACAAUCUCGACAGAAUUAUAACGGCAAUGGAAAAGUCAGCACCAAGUACAGAGUACAUUGCCGUGCCUGGCAGUAGCACAACUGAGGCGUUGCAAGUCCGUACAGAGGUGAGGCCUCAGACUAGCCGGAAAAGGAAACUUGCGGGAAAUGCUGGAGCACCACCUUCAAAGCGUACUAAGAGAGCAUGCUUGUUCUGCAACCUGAAAGGACAUGCUAGCAGGGACUGUCGCAAAUACAGUACAGUUGAAGCUCGACAGAAGCAAGUAACGGGAAGAUGUCUACACUGCCUCCGACGCAAUCAUGUGACAUCAGCCUGCAAGCGCAAGAUUGCUUGCUUCCGCUGUAAAGGGGACCAUCUACUCAUAUUCUGUCCCAAUCCGGUCUCAGAUGACCGCAGUGGCAACUCUUCAAAACCCUCAAACUAAGAAAAGUAACAAAGGCAGAGUCUUCAUAGAUUGCGGUAGUCAGCGGAGUUACAUUACUCUGGCAGCUGCA